CGAGCAUGUAAAUGAAACAAAUUAAUGUAACAGUUACUGUAGUUACAUUCUGUCAAGUUCACAUUACAAUUCAUCAUCUAAUUUUGCAUACCUCAACGAAUUUCCUCAGUAAAGAGAAAUCGCGUAUAAGCUGUAGCUUAGCGCUUCUAAUAUUGAUUUUCAAAUUGGUGCUGACUGCUCAUGCCCAGCAUCCCAGCUGGCUGUACCUGCCCUACAAAAUGAUCACCAUGCCACUACCUUGUUAUUAUUAAAAUGUUUAUUAAUCGUUGAGUUUUGUUGUUAUUUUAUGCAAAAUGUAGUUUAUACGAAUUGCCGUGAAGGCAGAGUUUAUUGCUUGACAGAAUUGUUACAAGAACGCUAAUGUUUUGACAAUACAUAAUAGCGGUGAAAUUAGAACGCCACGCUUCACCAUUGCGAAUAUAAUACCUAUUAUGAUGUUGGGGAGGAAGCAGAGCCUUAAAGGAGAGCCUGUUCUGGCAGAUUACGGACCAGAAGAGUGUCUAAACGAAAGUGCAGAUAUCGAAUGGGUCAAUAAACUAUGGGUUCGCAGGCUAAUGAGGUUUUGCGCUCUAGUAUCGCUAGCCUCUGUCUGUCUUAACACACCAAAAACUUUCGAGAGGGUACCUCCACUGCAGUAUGUCACCUUUGUGUGCGAUUUGGUUGUCACAUUUCUAUUCACAGCCGAGAUGAUUGCCAAGAUGCACAUUCGUGGCAUACUGAAGUCUAGUUCAUUUCAGGGAGAAGUGCCUUACUUGAAAGAUCAUUGGUGCCAGUUUGAUGCGAGUAUGGUAUUCUUUUUAUGGCUCUCUGUCAUCCUGCAAAUGUUUGAGAUGCUUGGUCUUGUCUUACGAUUCAGUUACGCAUCCAUCCUAAGAGCACCAAGGCCGCUCAUUAUGAUUCGCUUUCUUCGUGUCUUCCUCAAGUUCUCUAUGCCAAAGUCAAGAAUAAAUCAAAUUUUCAAACGAUCAAGUCAACAAAUUUACAAUGUAACGUUGUUCUUCCUAUUCUUUAUGUCUCUUUACGGAUUACUGGGAGUGCAAUUUUUUGGGGAACUAAAAAAUCACUGUGUUCUGAACACAACAGAGUCAAAUCAUAUUACAAUAAAUAGCUUAGCAAUUCCAGACACUUUUUGUUCUACUGAUCCAGAGUCUGGUUAUCAAUGUCCUGAGGGUAUGAAGUGUAUGAAAUUAGAACUAUCCAGGUAUAUUAUGGGCUUCAAUGGAUUUGACGAGUUCGCGACUAGUAUAUUCACCGUAUAUCAAGCGGCGUCUCAAGAAGGAUGGGUUUUCAUUAUGUACCGAGCUAUUGACAGUCUGCCAGGCUGGAGGGCAGCAUUCUACUUCAGCACUAUGAUUUUCUUCUUAGCAUGGCUUGUGAAAAACGUUUUCAUAGCUGUAAUAACUGAAACUUUCAAUGAAAUUCGGGUCCAAUUUCAACAAAUGUGGGGUGUCAGAGGGCACAUUAGUGGGAGUUCUGCAUCGCAGAUUUUAACUGGUGACGACAAUGGCUGGAAACUUGUAACUUUGGAUGACAAUAAACACGCUGGUCUAGCAUCACCAUUUUGUCAUGCAGUAUUGCGAUCCCCGCAAUUCCGUAUGGUUGUAAUGUGUGCCAUUCUGGCGAAUGGCAUUACCACUGCAACGAUGAACUUUAAACACGAUGAAAGACCAAGACAUACUUAUUAUGACAACUAUUAUUAUGCAGAAAUUGUUUUUACGAUAUUUUUGGACCUCGAAACUUUGUUCAAAAUCUGGUGUCUGGGAUUUCGAGGCUAUUACCGUCAUUCAAUUCAUAAAUUUGAAUUGCUAUUAGCGGUUGGGACUACUCUCCACGUUAUACCACUUUUUUACUUGUCUGGAUUCACGUAUUUUCAGGUGUUACGCGUAUUCAGACUUAUUAAGGCUUCCCCAAUGCUGGAAGACUUUGUCUACAAGAUUUUUGGCCCUGGUAAAAAACUGGGUAGUCUAAUCAUCUUCACUAUGUGCCUGCUAGUCAUAUCGUCCAGUAUUUCGAUGCAGUUGUUUUGCUAUCUAUGCGAUUUCACGAAAUUUGAGAGUUUUCCCGAGGCGUUUAUGUCCAUGUUCCAAAUUUUGACACAAGAGGCUUGGGUCGAAGUUAUGGAUGAAACAAUGCUACGCACGCAUGAAACAAUGGCUCCAUUUGUUGCAGUAUAUUUUAUUCUGUACCAUUUGUUUGUUACGCUGAUAGUCUUGAGUUUAUUCGUUGCAGUCAUUUUGGAUAAUUUAGAACUAGACGAAGACAUAAAGAAACUGAAGCAGUUGAAAUUUAGAGAACAAAGCGCUGAGAUAAAGGAAACACUUCCAUUUAGAUUGCGGAUAUUUGAAAGAUUUCCAGAUAGUCCACAAAUGACUUGUUUGCACAAAGUACCAUCAGAUUUCAAUCUUCCAAAGGUAAGAGAAAGUUUUAUGAGGCAGUUUAUAUUUGAAGUGGAAGAUGAUGAAAACGAAGGAGUUAAGAAAGUAAAUGAAACAUUUGAUUCCAAAAUGGUAUACCGCAAGCAAAGGCCUGUCAAGAUAUUGAACAACCCACCAAAAGUGAGAAAUAUCGUAACAAAUUUACGAAAAGCUGCAAUCGCCUACAUCAUUAAUGAUUCUAAUAAUCAAAGAUUGAUGUUGGGGGAUUCAGCAAUGAUUCCAGUACCAGGAAAAAGUCUACUUAAACCACAAGGCACCGUCAGUAGCGCAAAACAGUUACGCAUAGAUCAAAAGAAGUCAAUUCGAAGAAGUGUUCGAAGCGGAUCAAUAAAGUUAAAACAAACCUAUGAACACCUUAUGGAAAACGGCGAUAUUGGAGCAAUAAAUAGAGUUAGUUCUUCCAGAAGCAGGCCACACGACUUGGAUAUCAAAUUAUUACAGGCCAAAAGACAACAAGCGGAAAUGCGGAGAAAUCAACGUGAAGAUGACUUGAGAGAGAACCACCCCUUUUUCGAUACUCCAUUGUUCGCUGUACCACGUGAGAGCAAAUUCAGGAAAAUAUGUCAGCUGCUUGUUUAUGCUAGAUACGAUGCACGCUUGAAAGACCCACUAACUGGAAAAGAAAGAAAAGUGCAAUACAAAAGUCUGCACAAUUUUCUUGGCCUCGUAACGUACCUAGAUUGGGUCAUGAUAUGUGCAACAACAUUGUCUUGCAUAUCCAUGAUGUUUGAGACACCUAAGUAUCGAGUGAUGGAAGUUCCAGCCCUUCAAAUAGCAGAAUAUGGCUUUGUAAUAUUCAUGAGCUUUGAACUAGCUUUAAAAAUACUGGCUGAUGGUCUUUUUUUCACUCCAAAAGCUUAUAUCAAGGACGUAGCUUCUGUAUUGGACGUCUUUAUAUACGUGGUGAGUUUGGUUUUUCUUUGCUGGAUGCCAAAAAGUGUUCCCCCUAAUUCUGGAGCGCAACUACUGAUGAUAUUGCGCUGCGUUCGGCCCUUGAGAAUAUUCACAUUAGUUCCUCACAUGAGAAAAGUUGUGUAUGAGUUGUGCAGAGGCUUCAAAGAAAUUUUACUGGUAUCAACAUUGCUGAUCUUACUAAUGUUUGUCUUCGCAAGUUACGGCGUGCAAUUAUAUGGUGGUCGAUUAGCUCGCUGCAAUGAUCCAACAAUUUUGAGAAGAGAGGAUUGUGUUGGUGUUUUUAUGAGACGAGUUUUUGUAACUAAAAUGAAACUGCAGCCAGGAGAUAACGAGAGCUAUCCUUCUAUACUGGUUCCUCGAGUUUGGGCCAAUCCAAGGAGAUUUAAUUUUGACAAUAUUGGCGAUGCCAUGCUCGCGCUUUUUGAAGUAUUGUCAUUCAAAGGGUGGUUAGACGUUCGUGACGUUUUGAUAAAAGCACUUGGACCAGUUCAUGCCAUUUACAUACACAUAUAUAUAUUUCUCGGAUGCAUGAUUGGACUGACUUUAUUUGUCGGCGUUGUCAUUGCUAAUUACUCUGAGAACAAGGGUACAGCAUUAUUGACAGUUGAUCAAAGACGAUGGUGUGACUUGAAAAAAAGAUUGAAAAUCGCUCAGCCACUGCAUCUUCCUCCUAGGCCUGAUGGAAAGAAAUUCCGGGCAUUCAUUUAUGACAUUACACAAAAUAUUUAUUUCAAGAGGUUUAUUGCUGUAAUGGUCCUUAUAAACAGCGGAUUACUCUGUGUUUCUUGGAGAAGUGAAGAGGAACACACAGAACCGUUAGCAACAGUGUCGACGAUACUAACAUUGGUAUUUCUAGUCGAAGUUGUAAUGAAAAAUAUAGCAUUUACCCCUCGUGGUUAUUGGCAAUCUAGACGAAACAGAUACGACCUGCUCGUCACAGUUGUAGGAGUAAUUUGGAUAGUUAUUCACUGGAUGAUCAAAAAUGAUUUGUCGUACUUCAUCGGAUUUAUGGUCGUAAUAUUAAGAUUUUUUACGAUCACUGGAAAGCACACUACAUUAAAAAUGCUGAUGUUGACCGUUGGUGUAUCAGUCUGCAAAAGCUUCUUCAUCAUAUUCGGCAUGUUCCUGCUUGUAUUUUUUUACGCUUUAGCAGGAACUAUUAUUUUUGGAACAGUUAAGUAUGGCGAAGGAAUUGGAAGACGUGCCAAUUUCGAAUCUCCUGUAACUGGUGUUGCAAUGCUGUUUCGAAUAGUAACAGGAGAAGAUUGGAAUAAAAUAAUGCAUGAUUGUAUGAUUCAACCACCAUACUGUACACCAGCUGCGAAUUAUUGGGAAACCGACUGUGGAAAUUUUCAUGCCUCUCUUAUUUACUUUUGCACAUUCUAUGUGAUAAUAACGUAUAUUGUUCUGAACUUACUAGUGGCCAUCAUCAUGGAGAAUUUCUCACUCUUCUAUUCAAAUGAAGAAGAUGCAUUACUGUCAUAUGCGGACAUCAGAAAUUUUCAAAACACCUGGAAUGUUGUGGACAUCCAUCAAAGAGGUGUUAUUCCAGUCAGAAGGGUUAAAUUUAUUUUACGAUUAUUAAAAGGAAGAUUGGAAACUGACCCGCAGAAAGAUAGGCUCUUGUUCAAGUACAUGUGCUAUGAAUUGGAGAGGUUGCACAAUGGAGAAGAUGUAACGUUCCACGAUGUGAUAAAUAUGCUGUCAUACCGGUCAGUGGAUAUCAGAAAGGCUCUUCAAUUGGAGGAACUUUUGGCUCGUGAGGAAUUUGAGUAUAUAAUAGAAGAGGAAGUUGCAAAGCAAACGAUACGAACCUGGUUGGAAGGAUGUUUGAAAAAAAUAAGAGCAGUUGGGAAACAACAGAACAGUUUGAUUGCUGGUUUAAGGGCUACCAAUGAUGCACUAAUGUCACUACAGGAUCAUGUUGAAGAAAAAAAAGAGAGUACUGUGGAUAGAGAUGACGAGGCUGAAACAAAGGAUGGUGAAGGACUUAGGCAUAGGAGUAAAAAACCAGUCGUACUUCCAAGGUCUGAUAGCAUCGGCAGUGGUUCUGGACGGAAAUAUCUUGCCCCAAUGUUAUCUGAUCCUGCGACUGUAAGAACUGAUAAAGAUAAGAUUGCUGCAGCAAAAAAACGAAACAAUAGACCACCAUCUGUGGUGAAGAAUAAUUUGCCACAUGUCACCGAAGGAUUUGAGCAAAAUCGACAACCAAAAGAUGUACAAAACAACAAAACCAUGAUGCCUAAGGUUUCGAGCAUAAUGGUAGAAGUACGAGACUGGUGGCAUGAACAAGUUGCAUACAGUACACAGUCUAGCGAUGAGGAAUAUUGACAGUUCAUUGCAUUAUUCAUCUUGCGCUUACAAGUUUCAUUGAUUCCUAAGAUUCCAAAAUGUUCUUCAAUAGAAAGUAGGCUUUAUUUGAACAUUUUUUAGUUCUGGGAAUCAUUGAAAAUCUAAGCUUUUGUCUGACUUUCAACUAAUUAGAGAAGUAAAUUCAUUGGUGAGGGUGAGUGAUAGCUAAUUGAUGCAGAUUCAUAAGAAUACUGAUAAAUGAACUUUGUUUGGCAUAACAAGUAUGGGUGGAUUACAUUGAAAACAUGAAAAAAUUGAAUUAAUAAUUUACCACAGUACAGAUAAAUGUCACUUUAGAAUUGACAUGCGUAUACUUAAUAUUAAUAUUAAUAAUAAUUAGGUAAACAAUUUUAUACGAAACGUUAAUAAUAAAAUAAAAUAAUAGGUCAGUGAAAGGAUAAGAUUGAAAGGGCAACUGUUAGUACAAUGAGCAAAGGAUACGUUCGAAGAAAUUAUUAAGCGAUGGAAACGAUCCGGCUCCUAUUACGAGUUUAAGGCAUUAUCAUGUGUUACUUAAUACGUUGAUUAGACAUUGUUGAUGUUAUUGUUGAUAGUCGGUUGGAUACGAAUUUGUAAGCAAAUUGAUUAUCGUUAAAAAAAAAAUUCUACCCAUCUAUACCCUUCAUGUAGGAAUAUAGCAAAAGCACAGUUAUUCCCUUAAGAAUAUUUUAUUCCAACAGGCAAUCAAUUCUCCAGGAAAGUGGGGAAGUUAUCAAAGUUUCCUAGAUCUCUUACUUCUUGACAAGCUUGUAAUUAAACCCAGAUUUCCAGAGCACAUGAAAAUUCGAUUUGAACCUAGCAGAAAUAUCUACCAAACUUCUAGGAUCCCUUUGAAAAAUCAAAGCAAUGUUAUGAUUAAUAAUAGGAGUAUUAUUUGAGCCUCUAUUAUUCCUAUUUGAUCGCACAACCUUUAUUUACUAUACUGAAACAUAUUAGCAUUUUGUGUUUUUGAAAUAGGGAACUUUGCAUUUCAUCAAUUUCGACAUAAUUGCCAGUUAAGAUCAUGCUACCCGAUACAGAAGGGUCUGAACAUAUUUCAAUUUGUAGAGGGUAGUUAAUCAAGGGUAAUGAAUAAAAUUACAUCAUUUAAAUGAUUUCAACAUUACAUUGACGUAAUAACCUGGUACAUAAAUCACAUGGUUUGGGUAUGAAUAAACUUUGGGAAAAGUCUUGCAGAGCAGAAAGAAGUUUCGGAAUGCAAUGGAGGUAGAAAAUACUUAAUUAGGUAAUAUUAGAUUAGUACAUAUUAUAAAAAUAUUCAUAUAAUAGCUAAAAACGAUUUUUUGAGCUUGAGAUUCAAUGACGAUACAGUAAAAGUACUGUAUCUGUACA